GCUCUUGGUGGGGCGAAUACCACCAAUAAAUGCUAAUAACUUUGACCAAGGAGAGAAGAAAAGGGGGCGGGGGGAGAAGGGCAGGAGUAAGAGGAAGGAAGGAGGAGGAAGAAUACCAAGUCGGACGCGCUAUCCAUGCAGGCAACCAAGAGGAAGGGGGGAAGCAUGCCAUGCAAGCCCAAAGUGCCCUUUGCGCCGCCGUUGCUGCCUCGCCUCGCAGCCGCCUGCUAACCGUCCGCCAGCCGCCGGAGCGUUCCUGCCCGCCAGGAUUAUCCCCCUUGCCUGCUCUAAAGGCGGGGGUGAGAGAGCGGGCGUGCGAGAGACAAUGGCGGCGGCGGCGGCUCCUGCCGCCGCCGCCGCCACCAACACCGUCGGCGGCAGCCCUAGUAGCGCCGGCAGCGGCGGCGGCGCAUUCCACCAGCAGCUGGAGCCCUGCCUGAGGAAGCCGCCACCGCGCAUGGACCCCCGGCGCAGGCAGGCAGCGCUCUCCUUCCUCACGAACAUCUCGCUGGACGGGCGACCAGUGCUGCAGGACGAAGAAGGCUGUGGAGAAGAGCCUGGCGGCAGCGGCGAAACAACCCCCAAAGCUGCCUCGGCUCCUGCAGCUUGCAGCGGCGCUAGGGCUCGCCAUGGAAGCCUGAGCGCCUUCCAGGCGCCCGCCCCGCUGCAGCACGGGGGCUACCCUGGCUCCUGCGGCGUUAGCGCCAGGCUCAUGAGCCCCCUGGGAGCGGCCGGCGAACAGCAGCCGCAAGGGAACACCGAGGGGGAGGAGGAGGACGAAGACGAAGAUGCUUUUGCCAGCGUGCAGGUGCCCGUGGCCGCCGCCUUCCUGGGCGCCUCCGGGACCCCUGCUGUGGGCGGCGCCAGGGGUCGCCUCAACUCUUUUACUCAGGGAAUCUUGCCUGUCUCCUUCGCCAGAGCGACCCCGCAAAACUAUUGCUGUCUGGAGCAAGGCCCAGGGGGCACCGGCACCUUCGAGCUCCCAAGGUCCCGACGACGGUUGAUUUCCCAGAGGUCUUCACUGGAGACUUUGGAAGACAUUGAGGAAAAUGCUCCCUUACGGCGAUGCCGGACUCUGUCAGGUUCACCCAGACCAAAGAACUUUAAGAAAGUUCAUUUCAUCAAGAACAUGCGGCAGAAUGAUACGAGGAGUGGCAGAAUAGUCCUCAUUAGCGGCAGAAGAUCCUUUUGUAGCAUAUUCUCAGUGUUGCCAUAUCGGAACUGUAGCCACAUUGGGGAUAUGAAAACAGAAGGUGGCAGACAGUGUCAUUCUUCUGCAGGAGUUUGUUUGAAAGAUAUUGUUGGCCUGGAAGGUGUGGAAUUAGGAGCGAAUGGGAAGACUGUUUCUUACACCCAGUUUCUGUUUCCAACAAAUGCUUUGGGAGCACGAAGAAACACAAUAGAUUCCACCUCAUCUUUCUCACAAUUUCGCAAUGCAAGCCAUCGUAGCCUUUCAUUGGGAAGGGCAAACAGCACUCAAGGAAGCAUUGAUGCAGGCAGUGACCUUGGAGAUUAUAUUGAAUAUGACCCUAACCUUUUAGAUGAUCCUCAGUGGCCAUGUGGGAAGCACAAGCGGGUAUUAAUAUUCCCUUCAUAUAUGACAACAGUCAUUGACUACGUAAAGCCAUCGGACCUUAAGAAGGAUAUGAAUGAAACCUUCAAGGAAAAGUUCCCUCACAUCAAGUUGACUCUUAGUAAAAUAAGAAGCCUGAAGCGAGAAAUGCGCAAACUAGCUCAAGAGGAGUGUGGCUUUGAGGAACCCACAGUGGCCAUGGCCUUUGUAUAUUUUGAGAAGCUGGCUCUCAAGGGGAAGCUCAACAAGCAGAACAGAAAGCUCUGUGCCGGGGCAUGUGUCCUGUUAGCUGCCAAAAUUGGCAGUGACCUCAAGAAGCAUGAAGUCAAACAUUUAAUAGAUAAGCUGGAAGAGAAGUUCCGGUUGAACAGGCGAGAACUGAUUGCCUUUGAAUUCCCAGUGUUGGUGGCCUUGGAAUUUGCUCUCCAUCUACCUGAACAUGAAGUGUUGCCACAUUAUAGACGUUUGAUCCAGAAUUCCUAGCACAGGCUACCCUUCCAGGAAGGGGGAAGGGGUUUAAAAAUGUUAUAUGAGUGAAAAGAAGCAGCAGUUACAACUGGAAAUGCAAAAAUGGGACAAAUAUGCCCCCGCACCCUUUUUCCUCUUAUUUUCAGUGCAAUAACCGGAUAGUAGGAAAAAAAGCACUGAAUUCCUUAAACUCUCAGGCUAGGUGAAUUGUUAAAUGUUCAGAGGAAGUAAUGAAUGAGUUGCAUGUGAGGGGAUAGUGGAUGGAACAGAUUCACACCACGUGGACCAAAAGAGAACUUCCUUGAGUUGCCCGUAUCAUUCCGAUGACAAUUAAUAGCAGCCUUCACAGCACACUUUGUCCCACCUUCUCUUUACGAACCUCAUCAGCUUUUCUGGAAGGGUUUUCCAGCUUACAGAAGGAUUCCUAAAGCAGUGACAGGUUGUAAUAGGUAUUUUUACUGUGUCUGCAGCGUGCCAAUCUAUUUUUAUAUUUGUUAUUGAAAGUGCACUUUUCCUUGUGGUUAGCAGGUGAAAUGAUGAUGAACCAGCUUGGAACCAGGUGGCUGUUUAGGAUCAAUGAUUUAACAUUGUUUACUAAAGGUCAGAGGACAACCUUUCUCUGUUUGCUUAAACAUAACUACUGAGAGCAGGCGCAUAGGUUCAUUUGAAUAACUGGGGUGGUAUUUUGUAAACCCCAAUGGUGGCUUUUUGUUUUUGGUCCAGCUGAUUAUGCUAAUGAUUACGCUGUCAAAUAUUAUUAACACCUAAAAAUGAGAAACUGACACUUGACCCUUAGGUCUUCACUCUUGUGCAUGGUCCCUUUGAAGGGUUCACUGUGGAAGAAAGAUUUGUAAGCAUCUUGUUUUUAAGUCACAUGCAUAUUUCUAACCUCUGUGGAGAUGGUUAGACUUGCACUCUGUAGUGUUUGUAUUCUGUGCUCUAUGUUAGAGUGCAUUUUGAGCACAUUGACUGUGCUGCACGUUAAACAGUGUUUUAUACAGCUUGUACAGCCGAGCAGGAGAAUCGGCAGCUGAGGUUCUUGAUAGAAGACACAUGCCCUCAAUGUGGAUGAUUUUUUGUUGUUGUUGAAUUGUUUUUUAAAUAGAGUUGACAGUAUGAAAUCAAAUGGGAAUAGGGCACUGAAAUCACUACGUUUUUAUACUUCUCAGAUAUUUCACUGCUCUGGAGUCUUAUAGUACUUUAACUGUUAGUAAAAGAGUAAACUGAGAAAGCUCAAAUCCAUACAAACUCUUCUGUGUAUCCUAUUUUCAAAAUACUGUAUAUAUAAAUAUAUAUAAGACUGUGAGAAGAUAAUGACGGCUGGAUGUGCUUGCUAAUAUGCUAGAGGACGUGCAUCAAAGAAUUAAAUUACUAUUUUUAUAUAUCACUAAUGUAUAUGUCGUACUUUUUCCAGUGCUGAUUCAUUUUACUCCGUGUCUGGAACAAUGAUUUCAAUAAAGUCAUGUACUUUCCA